AUGGCUUACAACAUUCUCCCCAAAAAAAAGAGUGCCACUCAAAACCCAGUCAACCAUCUCAAGAUGACUCAAUCGAUGUCGGAGGCAUCAUCCUCGAACGGCUCAAGCAAACCAGAAGAAAAGAGCGAAAACGAACCCACUCAAUCAGCACUGACGAUACGAGAUAAGAAAGAUCAUCAAGAAGAUCAAGCAGAGCAAGCAGAAGAAGUGAGCAAGACGUUUGAGGAAUUAGGACUGAUACCAGAAUUAUGCGAGGCCUGUCGGACGUUGAACUACAAGAGACCGACGCCAAUCCAAGCCGAGUCGAUACCAUAUGCCCUAGAGGAUCGGGAUAUCAUCGGACUAGCUCAAACCGGUUCAGGGAAAACUGCCGCCUUCGCCCUGCCGGUCUUACAAUCACUAUGGAACGACCCCAAGCCAUUCUUCUGUUGCGUCCUAGCUCCCACGAGAGAGUUGGCUUACCAGAUAUCCCAGCAAUUCGACGCCCUAGGCUCGACCAUCGGCGUCAAGACCGCCGUCAUCGUAGGUGGAAUCGAUAUGAUGAGUCAAGCUAUUGCUCUAUCAAAACGGCCUCACAUUAUCGUGGCUACCCCUGGUCGAUUACACGACCAUCUUGAAAAUACUAAAGGGUUUAGCUUAAGAAAUCUGAAGUAUUUGAUUAUGGAUGAAGCCGAUCGGCUGCUUGACAUGGAUUUCGGCCCAGUGAUCGACAAGAUUCUGAAAGUGAUUCCACGAGAGCGACGAACCUAUCUGUUUAGUGCGACGAUGACCACCAAGGUAGCCAAGCUCCAACGUGCGAGUCUAGUCUCACCAGUGAAGGUACAGAUGUCAACCAAAUACGAUACGGUCGAUGGACUGGUCCAGCUCUACAUGUUCUUCCCAUUCAAAAAUAAGGACGCAUACCUGGUCUAUCUCGUCAAUGAGCUCAGCGGCAAAUCGAUGAUCAUCUUCACCAGAACAGUCUAUGAUGCCAAUCGGUUAUCAAUCAUUCUGCGGCUAUUGGGAUUUCCCUCGAUCCCCCUCCAUGGGCAACUCUCACAAUCUACUCGAUUGAGCUCACUCAACCAAUUCAAAUCCGGGAACCGUUCGAUCCUAGUUGCAACGGAUGUGGCCUCACGUGGAUUGGAUAUUCCAACGGUAGACUGUGUGAUCAACUUUGACCUGCCGACGAACUCGAAGGAUUACAUCCAUCGGGUCGGACGAACUGCCCGAGCGGGUAGAUCUGGGAAGGCGGUCACUCUCGUGACCCAAUACGAUGUCGAAUUACUCCAACGGAUCGAAGGCGUGAUUGGCAAAAAGAUGGAAGAGUUCCCGCAUGACAAAGAGCAAGUAUUCUUGCUAUCUGAAAGGGUCGGCGAAGCGUCCAGGGAAGCUACGAGAGAGAUCCGAGACAACGAGCGCAACGGCGGGAAGAAGUCGGGCAAAUUCCGUCGCAAACGGGGCGGGGCAGACGGGGACGAUGAUGAUGGUGGAGGUGCUGAUGAUCAUAGAGAUCGUGAUGAUGACGUGGUUCAAGCUGGAAUGGCUCCCAAGAAGAAGAAGAAAUACAAACAUUAA